AUGUGCCACUUUGCGACCUUCCACUUUGGGGGCUGCGGGGACUGGGCCCUGUUCCUCCUGCACUGCCAGUAUCAGACAUCGGGCCAGCUCUGCGAAGGAUCGCGGCGCGACGUGGUUGCGCGGUACUGGACCCGCCUGCGAUGUCUGGACUGCCACAAUGCCGAAUGGGACAAGGUCGACGAGGACCGGCUGGCCAGCAUCGACGACGAGCUCGCCCACUACGCCCGCGAAUCGGCGGCAGGCACCCUCUCGUCCAAGCACCGCUCGAGGCUGGUGGCCAAGCUCGAGCGCGAGGACGGCGACAUGGAGAGCAAGGCCUCGCGGUCGAGAGCCUACCAGGAGAAGGUGCUGCUGCAUGCCCGCAACUGGUCCCGCAGGCACGCUAUGGCGUUGUGGAACUGCCAUUACGGCAAGGGACUGGCUGGAAUAACUCUGGCCCAGCUGCAACUGACCAGGCCGCAGCUGGUGAGGAUCGAAACAAAGCUGCCGCUGAAGGAACCGCAACGGCUCCUGGCCCACAAGACGUGCACCACACGGCCCGGCGAGCAGCUGAGGAAGCUCGGCGCAAAUAGGUUUGCCAGAGAGAUGAUGCGCAAGACGGCCUGCCGGGGAGCACUCACGCUGCAUCUUGCCAAGUCGCCGUCGCCUCUCACCAGCCCAGCACUGGCGCAAGCCUCGGGGCCAGGCCAAGCCGCAGACUGA